ACUCCAAAACAGCUGGGAUUUCUCACAGUGAUGGAACAGCUGAUAGAGAGGGCGAUGAGCAACUUUUGAGAGUUAUAUUAUUUGAAGAUGUCAGCGAGUACCUAUUCUCUAUAAGUUCAGAGGAAGCUCGUUUAUCUCUUGUGUUCCAAUUCAUUGAUUUCUAUGGUGGGAGGAUAUCUAAGUGGACUUGCACAAACAGUUCAAGUUGGUCCGCAAAAACUCUAAGCUUAGAGUCACUGCCAGAUUCUAUAUUAGAUCAUUUGAGAAGGGUCCAUGAUGUUAUAAGUAAAACAGAAAGGAGUCCAAGUAAUUUUAGUUUUGAGUUCCUUUUGGGCAGCUCAAAUGACAUCUCUAUGAGGACUGACAUGAUGAAAUUUCUCUGCAAUGCUACCCUACUUUGUUUGACUGCAUUCCCACGUAACUACAUUUUAGAAGAAGCAGUUCUUGUUGCUGAAGAGCUAUGGAAUACAAAAAUGAAUUCUUGUAGCUGUUCAGUCACCCCUCGUCGUGCUUUAGCAAAGCGCCUCGUGAAAAGUAAUCGUCAGGAUGUAUUGUUGUGCGGAGUUUAUGCACGAAGAGAGGCUGCCUAUGGGAAUAUUGAUCAUGCGAGAAAGGUGUUCGACAUGGCCUUGGCAUCCAUUGAAGGGCUUCCAUCGCAGGAUCUUCGGUCAAACACAUCUCUUUUGUAUUUCUGGUAUGCUGAAAUGGAAAUGGAUAAUAGUUCCGGAAGUGUUUCAGAGUCGUUAUUGCGUGCAAUACACAUUCUCUGUUGUUUUGGGAGUGGGGUAAAGUACACUGCAUUUAAAUGUCAACCAUCAAAUCUGCAACAGCUGAGAGCUCGCCAAGGGUUUAAGGAACGGAUUAGAAUUCAAAGAUCAACAUGGGCACGUGGCGUAAUAGAUGAUCAUUCUAUUGCUCUCAUUUGUUCAGCCGCUUUAUUUGAGGAGUUGACUGCUGGAUGUGUUGCUGGUAUUGACGUUCUAAAGCAGGCUUUCUCCAUGGUGCUUCCUGAAAGAAGAAGCCAAAGCUAUCAACUUGAAUUUUUGUUCAACUAUUACGUGAGGAUGCUUCGGCGACAUCAUGUAGAAUUGAGACUAUCAGAAGUAUGGGAGUCUGUUGUACAAGGCUUGCAAAUAUACCCUUACAGUCCGGAACUUUAUGAUGCUUUAGUUGAAAUCAGCCACCUUCAUACUGCGUCAAAUAAACUGCGGUGGAUGUUUGAUACCUACUGUCAAAA